GGUGAUUAGCCGCCUUACGUCAUCCGCCCAAUAAUUCCACCAACAAUCAACCUAUGCUAGCGCCACACAGCCAUCUCAACUCUACGCAUACAAACAUCUUUCAAGAGCAAUAGUAUCGUGAAAGGCGUUUCAUCAGCAUAACAUCGAUAAAAUGUUGUGAGGUUGGAUAAUCGAGUCGUUUGCCGGUAGUCAGGGCGAAGGAGCUACGACCCCACAAAUGCCUCGGUGCCCGAGCGGCUCCACCAGCUCCAAGAAAUGCGGGGUAAACGUCAUAACAGUGAGAGACAUCGUUGAUAUUCUGGGGAUACCUUGAAGAAGGACUGUUCACGCUGUUCAGAACCCGCAACUACCAUAUCAAACACCGACAAAGCCCGAUCGUUACUGCCUCACCAACAUGAGCGACCCCAAAACUUCGACUGCGAGUCAGCGCCUGACGCAGAUCAAAGAUUUUCUCACUAUGAACAAAACAGCAACGACCAUACCGUGGGAUCCGGAUAGUACCAAAUUUCCGACAAGGAAGGAGUUACCUCAGAUUCCCGGUGCCCCACCGGAGGCUGCUUGGGUUUGGGGUGAUAACGACUACAUCGGCCGUCUCAAUCUCCUAACACCUUCACGCGUCGCAGCGGCUGCAAGAGAGAUACGAUCGGGUGAAAUCGUCCCCGUUAAUCUGCCUCUCAACGUACCGAAUGUGCCUGCGUUUGGUCGUGAAGUUUUCACACAUGAGAUCAAGACUCUGGCUGAAGGGAUUGCUUAUGACGAUGUUUAUCAUAUGAACACCCAAUCUGGUACACAAUGGGACGGCUUCCGACACUUCGCUCACAUCCCCAGUGGUUCAUUCUACAACGGCACGAAAGGAAGUGAUGUCACUGGACCAAAUGCAAACCACAAGUGUUCGAUCCAUCAUUGGGCGGAGCACGGUAUCGCCGGUCGCGGUAUCCUUCUAGACUACCGGGGCUAUGCGCACAAGAAGGGUAUCAACUACGACCCCUACGACUACUAUCCCAUCUCAUGGCAGGACCUUUAUCAGUGCGGCCAGGAUCAGGGAAUCGAUAUCCGUCCCGCUGCUCAAGGCGGUGACAUCAAACCCGGAGAUAUGCUGUUCAUUCGUAGCGGCUGGAAGGAGGCUUACGACAACAAAAGCGAUGAGGAUCGAACAAAGGCUGCGCUCCGACAUGGUAGCGGUAAAGACGGCGAGGAUGGUCAGCGAUAUGCUGGUGUGAGCCAAGAAGAGAAGAUUCUGGAUUGGCUACAUGAUAGCUACUUUGCAUCUGUCGCCGGCGAUGCUCCUGCGUUUGAAGCGUGGCCUACACAUGAGAACUACCACCUCCACGAGUACAUCCUCGCUCUUUGGGGUAUGCCGCUCGGCGAGAUGCUAGAUCUCGAGAAGCUUGCGCAAACGUGCCGCGAGAAGAACAGAUGGUUCUUCUUCUUCACCUCUGCGCCGGCUAACUGUCAAGGUGGAGUCAGCUCGCACGUCAACGGCACUGCCAUCUUCUAAACAUUUCGAAAUCGUUCCAAGGCCAAUUUAAAAUCAAGUAUAUUACUGUAAAAUCUAGCAGUCAAGCAGGCAAUCUCACAAACCAGGGUCUCUUCUGUGACCCCUACACGCACUCUGACCUAGUACAGAUCGACUGCAGGGCGUGAAAACGAGAACUACGCCGAACCAACAUUUUAUGAACUUACUGAGCUGAACUUUGAAAAUGACGCCGGGCUUGUUCUGCGCUUCCCUUGUUGCGAGUUUCCCCCUGGAGCGGUUCGUGCGUUCGCGUUUCGCGGCAUGGCGGGUGCGCUCGAAGCGGUUGACUCAGUGUCCUCUUCGAUGUUCACAGCCUGCAUUGCGUCGUCAAACAACGAGAACUAGAUUUUCUGAUCUCCCAAAAGCGUUUCAUAGGACUGGUCUUCUUCAACAGCGC